AUGUCGGCGGCCCUGAAUCAUUCAAUUUCAAGCAGGCAAAACUCUUUGAGAGUUCAUAAAGCUGGGAUAGCUACUACUGAAGUAUCAAGGAAUGACACCAUAACACCCACCUUAUCCAAUGUAGAUCCUCAAUCACCUUCGAGCACCAGUGUAGAAGAAAAGGACAAAGACUUGAGACAUGAUGUUUUGGGGAAGGUAACAGGGUUACUUCAAAAAUCGUUAUUAUCAUCCAGGGAUAUAAUGUCUACGGGUUCGGAUUAUGAAGUAGACAAUGCUUCUAUACCUGAGAGUAACUCAUACUCAUACCAUUCCCCUGGUCAUACUAAAAAGGUCAAUCACAAGGUUUCUGACUCCACUUUGAAGUUGAACAGCAACACCAAAUCCAUGAGAUCCUUACCAUUAUCAAGAACUGCAUCACCCGUGAAGGAGACCAAAAGAGUGUUUCUAGAAUAUGACCCAAUAACGAGACGUAAGGUUCUCAAUACAUAUGAAAUACUUGGAGAGAUAGGUAGAGGUGAGCAUGGUAAAGUGAAAUUGGCUAAAGAUCUAGUGAAUAAAGAUUUAGUAGCAAUAAAGAUCGUCAAUCGUAAGAAUAAAAAGGAAAGACCUAAGCUAAGGUUUAGUGAAAAGAAAGAUCUGGGAGAAAGUGAAUAUGAGUUGAAAAUCAAGAGAGAAAUAGCAAUUAUGAAAAAAUGCAACCACAAGCAUAUAGUGCAAUUGAGAGAAGUUUUGGAUGAUUCCAACACUCACAAAAUUUAUCUUGUUCUCGAAUACUUGGAGAAAGGUGAAGUAAAGUGGAAGAAGUCUACUCGAAAAUUCCAUGAUGUGGAUUCAGGAAGUUCUCCAGGAAACAGUGAAUUGAUACCCUGUAGAGGGACACACCAUAAUGAAGAAGAAGAUUUAUUGUCAGACAAUUUUGCUCCGAACUUAACUUUCAAACAGGCAAGAAAGAUAUUCAGGGAUGUUUUGUUGGGAUUGGAAUACCUUCAUUUACAGGGCAUUGUUCACAGAGAUAUCAAACCUGCCAAUUUGUUAGUAAGCUCCGAUAACGUCGUAAAAAUCAGUGAUUUUGGUGUAUCAUUCGCAUCUUCAUUGAAUGAAGCCGAUGAAGGUUUGGUCAAUGAACUCGAAUUAGCCAAAACUGCAGGAACCCCUGCAUUUUUUGCUCCAGAACUUUGUCAAACUAAUUUUUCGUCUUCCCCCGCAACAUCAAGAAGAUCAUCAAAGAACGGAACCAUAAUGAGCAGUCAAAGGAAAACAUCGUCAGCAUCUUCAUUGGAAAUUUUGAAAAGUGAAUUGACUUUGACGAAAAUGUUACCCAAAAUUGAUCAUAAAAUUGAUAUAUGGGCGUUGGGUGUUACCUUUUAUUGUUUACUAUUCGGUAAAUUACCCUUUUACGCCGAAUCAGAAUAUGAUUUAUUUCAAGUGAUUGUGAACCAGCCAUUGGAAUUUCCGAAAAAUAAAGACUCAUUCCAGUCACCUACAAACAUAAGCGAGACUGAAUUUGACUUGGCUAAGGAUUUGUUGUCUAAAUUACUCGACAAGAAUUCAAGAACUAGAAUUGAUAUCAAAGAGAUCAAAGAUCAUCCGUUUGUUUUAAUGGAUUUAGAAAAUGACUUUGACUCGUUGAAUGAGCUACUUUACUUGAAUUAUCCUGACGAUAACAUCAAUAAUUCAAAUAACUUUUUCACAAACCUAGAUAAACAAAUAACAAGAGAGGAUAUAGAUAACGCUGUAGUAGGAAUUGGAACAAGGAUAAAGAAAAGUAUUGUAAGGGCUAUCACUUCAGGGGCUAAAGAUCAUGAUAUCAGGAAGAAAUUCUUCACUCAAAUGGAGACGUCUUCGAGUAUGAAUUCUUCGAGUGAUGAAUCAGUCUCCAACAACUUCAGAAGUAACAUCAAUGUUGAUCAUUCUGUUAUUUUUUCUGAAGCUUACACAAAUUUCAACAGCCCCGUUCAAAGUCCUUUGAUGUCAGAAAACCCAUCUCAAUAUACCGAAAAUUCAUCUGGGAUAGGUACCCAUAGUGGACUCAACAGUGUUUUGAAUGGUUUCAGUAGCGAUAUCAAUCAUAGUGGACUCAACUUGAAUCAAUCCAAUUAUACCUCACACCCGUUAUUAUCAUCCCAACCAAGCACCCCGAGAGGAUCCUACACCCUUGCUGGAAUCAAGGAAGGAAAAAUAGCCAAUCCAAUUUUACAAGAAGUAAUUGAAUCUACUACCUCAAGUUCGAGUAGGAGAGGGAGUAUCACAGGUGCCAAUGAAAUUGAAACCAAGAGAAAUGUUGGGGGUGAUCUUUACCUAAAAAACCAGAGUGUUGUUGAGACCUUCAAAGGCAUUCAAGAAAUGGACGAAAGAAGGAGAAAAUCAAGUGCUUUAUCUGGAGUUUCAAUUUUAUCAUCGAACCCUACCAACAAGAACUCACUUGGGUCACAACCAAGUUUAUCUCAUGAGACUAGUCCUGUACAGCCAGUAAACAUUCCUGGAUCAUCUAUUAAUAAGACUUCAACCAAAAUCAAAGUCGGACCUAUAAGUGACGAACUCAGGAGACCAUCAUCAGUAAUGUCUUUACCAUUAACAGAAAGUUUUGCUUCUUUAGAUAGUAUUAAUGAUGAGUAUUUGAGUUUGAAGUAUAAAGAAUAUUCUACCAAGAAGAAGAGUGGUGGAGAAACCAUUAAGUCAAACCCCACACAUACCAUUCAAGGGAAUGGUAAGGCAAAUGCGAAUACCACAUCGAUUAGUGAGAAGUUCCAAAAUUUCAAUUUGAACGAUUCGAUGAACUCGAAGGGCAUUUCUUUCAAUUUUACCAAAAAGAACAACGAGACAGAUGAUGAUAUUGCUCCUAAUACUGUUAUCAAUAAGAAUGGAAGAAAGGAUCCAGUUCUCAGAUUGGGAUCAGAUUCUCUGUGUUCAAGUUUUAGCUCAAGUAGCCGUUCAAGCUCAGGUAACUUCCAGGAUACGUUCAAACCACUUACUGACAGUAGACUCCCCAAGUCUUCGAUCAAUAGAAUUCUGUCAGAUAGUGGACAAGAUAGUCGCGAUUCAAGUGAUAGCGAAAGUGAUGAGGAUGGAAAUUUGACCCUUGCAUUCACUUCUAGGGUCAAUGCAAGACCAAAAUUCUUGACCUUGGAUCAAAGAGCCAAGUCUCAUGAAUCAAGCUUACCUAAUUUAGGUAAGGUGGUACCAUCCCCAGUUGUUGUGUCACAGGUAGAAGAUGAUGAAGUUUUAGAGGAUAUUCCUGCUGGUUUAAUGGAAAUUGUGCCUAACCAAAGCAUGUCUAUUGCCAGACCACCCAUUUUGAGUAAUAAUUCAAGUUCUGCGUUAAAGCCAGGAAUCGCACCAAAGAUCCCUACAGGACCUACCGAUUCAACGUAUACUCCUAUGGCAUCAAGUCCUUCUGUUUCAAGUAACGACCUGAAUAAAACCAUCACCCAAGCCCCAAUUCCUACGAUCCCUGUGAUGAAAUUUGAAAAAUUAAUUGAACAAAGAAGACCUUCACCUUUGGCCAAGAAUGCCCCAGCAAGUCCAUACGCUACAACCAAUUCCCAUAGGAUCCAAGUUCAGCCAGUUCUGUCCGAAAGGCACCUGACCUUCAAUAAUCAUUACAAGAAAGAGCCCAUAAGCUUCCCAUUCCCUAAUGCUAUUCACAAUGAAACUGAUCGUGAGACAAGCAACAAAACAUUCAAUAAACAAGAAAGACCCCAUCAGUACAGGUCGAAUUCAAUUACUAUUGGUUUACUUCAACACGAACCGGAUGUAUAG